AUAUAUAUAUUGGAAGAAAUAAACUUUAACAAUAUGCAAAACACUUCCAAUGCCAGUGCAAGUACAAUCAGUUUUUAACAUAAAAUAAUGCAUAAGUAAUACAUUUAAAAAAUAACUGCUUUAAACAAAAUAUUAAAUAAAGCAAACUAAAGAAAAUCACUGUUAAUAAAUAGAACUUAUUAAAUUACUCAUUCAGACGUCAUAUCAUCGUUUAAAUAUACGACGUGCAUCGGUUUGUGAAAUCGCAUCGGUUUUGUUGCUAUUAUCCAAUACAUGUAGAAAGACCUUUGCUGAUUUGUUCGUAAAAGCAAAUUACCGAUUGUUGCACUUGUGUUGAGGAAGUAGCGGCUGCUAGAGUAAGCUGCCAUUGUAGAGUAACCAUAAAAUCCACUUCGAACAUCGUAAGAAAAAUAUUGCAACAAAGCAACUCGCCGCAUAUAUUGCAUGCACAUCGAAGCACAUUGACUAGUUUUUGCAUUUCUGAGUGAGCAUAACUUACGCAUAGCCACAGCCUAGACGUCGUUGGGCAGUUUCGGGUGAUAGCGAAAUUUAUAAUAAACAACUGCAAAGACCUUUUGUGAAGUAAACACAAGGGCGGCAAAACAUUCCGAAGGGCAUUACAGUGGUACGGCACCCAAAAUAUAAACAUGACAGGCACAAGGUCACUCCGUUUUACCACAUCGAUACCGCUUCAACUUUUAUAUUUUACUGUGAUAUUUUUAAAUUUAUUUGCUGCAAGCAAACAGGACUGCGUUUGGUAUGGCGUUUGCAAUACAAAUAGUGAUGAUCUGAAUCAGUAUUGUCCUUAUAAUGGAACAGCAAAACAAAUGUCGCCGGAUGGCAUUAAUUUAUUAAAGGAGCGCUGCGGUUUUCUGGUUGAAGAUGGUGCUACUGAAUUUUGUUGUGACAGUCAACAGGUCGAAAUUCUGAACAAAAACGUAAAGUUAGCUGCUAACUUUUUGGAUCGUUGUCCGUCAUGUAUGGCAAAUUUAUUGCGUCAUAUAUGCGAUUUUUCGUGCUCACCAAAACAAUCAGAGUUUAUAAAGAUUGUUUCCACGAAAAAAAAUAAAAAUGAGAUGGAGUAUAUUGAUUCCAUUGAUUUACAUAUAACGGCAGAAUAUUUAAAUAACACCUAUAAAUCGUGCUCACAGGUAUCCGUACCAGCCACUGGCCAGUUAGCUUUCGAUAUAAUGUGCGGUACAUAUCAAGCAUCACGCUGUAGCCCCACAAAAUGGUUUGAAUAUAUGGGGAACACAGAUGGCAAUCCAUAUGUUCCUUUUCAAAUAAACUAUAUACAACAUGAGAAUAGUUCGUCAAUAAUUGACAACAAACGUCCACUAAAUUCACUUACAGUUCCUUGCAAUAGCUCAUUGAACGCUAAUACUCCAGCAUGUUCCUGUACAGAUUGCGAAGCAUCAUGUCCUCUACCACCACAGGAGCCACCUAAACCAAUGCCACUAACAAUCGGUGGAUUCGAUGCGUUUACUGUUAUUAUGAUAGCAGUGUUUUUAAUUGGUUCAAUACUGUUUCUUAUGGGAGUAUGUUUGUUCCCUUCAAAAAAUAUUGAUGGUUUGGUAGGGGAUGGCUUGGAUAGCCGUUUAUAUAAAGCUUCCCUUGGCAGACGAUUAGCUGGUCACAUCGGUAGUGAUUUGGCACCCGAGGAGGACUCACCACUUCAAUCUAAAAUAUCCAGUGAUGGAAAUGAAGUUGAUGGUCCUCAUCAUGAUGGUAUCGAUGUAAUGAUCGAAAAUGAAUCUGGCUAUUUCGAUCAACUAGGCGCAAAGACCGAAAAGUAUUUAGAGGCAUUCUUUACAGCAUGGGGUACAUUUUUUGCAUCAUCUCCAUGGUUAACACUCGUUGGAGGAAUAUGUUUUGUUGCUGUACUUGGCUGUGGCAUUAAAUAUUUGGAUAUAACAACCGAUCCUGUUAAAUUAUGGGCAUCUCCAAUGUCUCGAUCACGCGUAGAAAGAGAAUAUUUCGAUUCAACUUUCCAGCCAUUUUUCAGAUUAGAACAGAUUAUUAUUAGAGCUGUGGACCUUCCAGAUAUAGUACAUGAUACAUCGAAUGGUCCAAUACGUUUUGGGCCUGUGUUUGAUAGACAAUUCCUCACAGAUGUCCUAAAUCUUCAAGAAGAAAUUAAAGCCCUUGGCGCGGAUAAUGGAACUUCCUUGGCAGAUAUUUGCUAUGCUCCAUUAGUAUCGGAAUUAGCAGGAGAUGUAGAAAUAUCGAAUUGUGUGGUGCAGUCGAUAUGGGGCUAUUUAGGUGACGAUAUUGAGCGGCUUGAUGAUAAAAGUGAAGAAAACGGUUUCAAUGUUACUUACCUGGAUGAAAUCUAUCAGUGCAUAAACAAUCCCUACCUUUGUCUUGCACCUUUUGGUGGUCCAGUGGAUCCUGCUAUUGGCUUAGGUGGUUUCUUAAAACCUGGAGAACAGAUAUCAGGCAAUACACGUUAUGAACAGGCUAAUGCAAUAAUUUUAACAUUUCUCGUUAAAAACCAUCAUGACAAAGAGAAAUUAAGGCCUGCGUUGGAAUGGGAAAAACGAUAUGUUGAAUAUAUGGUUAACUAUACAAAAACACGUAUGAGUAAGCAUAUGGAUAUUGCUUUUACAUCAGAACGUUCUAUUGAAGAUGAAUUAAAUCGUGAAUCACAAUCAGAUGUCUUAACUAUACUUGUAUCCUAUCUAAUUAUGUUCGCUUAUAUUGCGAUCUCGUUGGGACAUGUACAAGAUGUGCGACGUGCAUUAAUUGAUAGCAAAAUAACGCUUGGUGUUGGAGGUGUUAUCAUCGUGUUAGCUUCAGUAGUGUCGUCAGUUGGCGUUUUUGGUUUCGUUGGAGUGCCAGCUACUUUGAUAAUAGUUGAAGUAAUUCCAUUUUUAGUGCUAGCAGUGGGUGUGGAUAAUAUUUUUAUACUUGUGCAAACGUAUCAAAGGGAUCCACGUCGUGCUGAUGAAACUCAUGAAGAACACAUAGGACGGAUUUUGGGUCGUGUUGGCCCUUCAAUGUUAUUGACAUCAGUUAGUGAAAGUUGUUGCUUUUUCCUUGGUGGUCUCUCUGAUAUGCCAGCUGUAAAAGCUUUUGCAUUAUAUGCUGGCAUGGCACUUUUAUUUGACUUUUUGCUCCAAAUAACUUGUUUUGUGAGUUUAUUAACGCUUGAUACGAAACGGCAAGCAGAAAAUCGUCUUGAUAUAUUUUGCUGUAUUCGCGGCAAAAAGACUGAUGUGCCCCUUGCCUCGGAUGGUUUACUCUACAAAUUCUUUAAAAGCGUUUAUGUGCCUUUCCUAAUGCGAAAGACAGUACGCAUUAUUAUAAUGAUAGUAUUUUUCGGUUGGCUUUGCUCAAGUAUUGCGAUUGCACCAAGAAUCGAUAUUGGUUUAAAUCAAGAAUUAUCUAUGCCUGAGGAUAGUUUUGUUUUGCAUUACUUUAAAUCAUUAAAUAAGUACCUGAAUAUUGGACCUCCAGUUUUUUUUGUACUAAAAAAUGGUCUCAAUUUUUCCACUACAAUCGAUCAAAAUUUAAUUUGUUCCGGACAAUUCUGUAACAGUGACAGUCUAAUAACUCAAAUUUAUUUAGCAAGUCGACGUUCUAAUUUAACAUAUAUUGCAAAACCCGCUUCUAGCUGGAUUGAUGAUUAUUUUGAUUGGAGUCAAAUUAUGAGCUGCUGUAAAUACAAUCCAAAUACGGGAGGUUUUUGCCCUCAUCAAGAUACAUCUUGCGACCGAUGCACGAUACAUAAAAAUAAGUACCAUCGACCUACUGAAGAAGACUUUGGUAAAUAUUUACCAUUUUUCCUACAAGACAAUCCAGAUGAUAAUUGCGCUAAAGCGGGACAUGCAGCUUAUGGCGGUUCAGUACGCUAUAGUAUAGAUAGUCACACAAAUCAAUCUUAUGUUGAAGCAUCUAAUUUUAUGGCUUAUCAUUCCAUACUUAAAACUUCGGCUGAUUAUUAUCAAGCGUUACGUGCAGCUCGUAAAAUAUCCGCGAAUAUUACUCACAUGUUGCAGGGUCGUUUAAUGUCACAAGGUGUUCCUAUGGAAGAAGCUCUCAAAGUUGAAGUCUUUCCUUAUUCAGUUUUUUAUGUAUUCUAUGAACAAUAUCUAACAAUGUGGCCAGACACUUUACAAAGUAUGGGAAUAUCUGUGCUGGCAAUAUUUAUUGUGACAUUCCUGCUUAUGGGUUUCGACAUACAUUCUUCGUUAGUUGUUGUCAUAACAAUUACAAUGAUUGUGAUCAACUUAGGUGGAAAUAUGUAUUACUGGAAUAUAUCUCUCAAUGCAGUAUCGCUUGUAAAUCUCGUAAUGGCUGUUGGUAUUUCAGUGGAGUUCUGUUCACAUUUGGUACACAGCUUUUCAAUAUCUGUUGAGGGUACACGCGAAAAACGUGCGGCUGAUGCUCUUACCAAAAUGGGUAGCUCUAUAUUUUCUGGUAUAACGUUAACUAAAUUUGGAGGAAUAUUAGUACUUGCAUUCGCCAAGUCUCAAAUCUUCCAAGUCUUCUAUUUUAGAAUGUACUUGGGUAUCGUUUUAAUUGGUGCAGCACAUGGUUUAAUAUUUUUACCAGUUCUACUUAGCUAUAUUGGUGCUCCAAUGAAUAAAGUUAAACUGGAAAAUUUUCGGCGACAAGCUUAUAAAGUGCAAGAGACGUCGCUCUCGACUGCGUGAUGCAUGAUGCACGUCGAAGAACAAAUAGAAUAUCACCCACCAAACCUACAAGCUACCAUCCUGACGAAACAAUCAACCAGUCUACUACCAACUAUUCUCCAGUGCGUCCGUCGGCAUCACAAUCAUCCUUCGGAAGUAUAAAUUCAGCAACAAAUAUGGAAACAACUGCUCCGAGCUAUCGUAUUAUGCUCGAAGAGUAAAUUACGAUGAUUUAGUUGGUUUUGAAAACACAACUUUGCCAAAACUACUCAAGCGCAA